CGCCACGCGCGGCAGCCUGCACCCGGCGCGCUCCGCGGCCCCUCUCUCCCGCCGGUGCGCCGGCCUCUCGCCCUCCCGCCACGGCUCCCGCGCUUCGGCCGCGUCUCGCGCGUGGUCUUCUCGUGAGGGGCCUCGCGCCGCUGGGCGCGUGCCGUCCCCCUGCCUCGCGGCGCGGGGUCUCGCGGGCCCCGCUCCCGCCCUCCGCUCGCCUGGCCCGGACCGGAAGCGGCGCCGCACGGCCUGGGCCUGGCGCGGGGGGCGGGCUCUGGGGCCCGGUCGGACAUGGGCAAGAAGCACAAGAAGCACAAGUCGGACCGCCACUUCUACGAGGAGUACGUGGAGAAGCCCCUGAAGCUGGUCCUCAAAGUGGGUGGGAGCGAAGUCACUGAGCUCUCCACGGGCAGCUCCGGGCACGACUCGAGCCUCUUCGAAGACAGAAGCGACCAUGACAAACACAAGGACAGGAAACGGAAAAAGAGGAAGAAAGGAGAGAAACAGGCUCCGGGGGAAGAGAAGGGGAGGAAACGGAGAAGAGUCAAGGAGGAUAAAAAGAAACGAGAUCGAGACCGUGUGGAAAGUGAGGCAGAAAAAGAUCUCCAGUACCAUGCCCCUUUGAGAGUAGACUCUCCUCCCGAGAAGCCUCUCACAAGCUCUCUAGCCAGACAAGAAGAAGUAGAACAGACACCCCUUCAGGAAGCUUUGAAUCAACUCAUGAGACAAUUGCAGAGGAAAGACCCAAGUGCUUUCUUUUCGUUUCCUGUGACGGAUUUUAUUGCUCCUGGCUACUCCAUGAUAAUUAAACACCCAAUGGAUUUUAGUACAAUGAAAGAAAAGAUCAAGAAUAAUGACUACCAAUCCAUAGAAGAACUAAAGGAUAACUUCAAGCUAAUGUGUACUAAUGCAAUGAUUUACAACAAGCCAGAGACCAUUUAUUAUAAAGCUGCAAAGAAGUUAUUGCACUCAGGGAUGAAAAUUCUUAGUCAGGAGAGAAUUCAGAGCCUGAAGCAGAGUAUAGACUUCAUGGCUGACUUACAGAAAACUCGGAAGCAAAAGGACAGAACAGAUGCCUCCCAGAGUGGGGAGGACAGUGGCUGCUGGCAGCGAGAGAGGGAAGACUCUGGAGACGCUGAGACACAAGCCUUCAGAAGCCCCACUAAGGACAAUAAAAAGAAAGACAAAGAUGUGCUUGAAGACAAAUGGAGAAGCAGCAACUCGGAGCGGGAGCAUGAGCAGAUUGAGCGAGUUGUCCAGGAGUCGGGGGGCAAGCUGACAAGGCGGCUGGCAAACAGUCAGUGUGAAUUUGAAAGAAGAAAACCAGAUGGAACAACAACAUUGGGACUUCUCCAUCCUGUUGAGCCUGUUGUAGGAGAGCCAGGCUACUGCCCUGUAAGACUGGGAAUGACAACCGGCCGACUGCAGUCUGGAGUGAACACCCUGCAGGGCUUCAAAGAAGAUAAAAGGAACAGAGUAACCCCAGUAUUAUACUUGAAUUAUGGACCCUAUAGUUCUUAUGCCCCACAUUACGACUCUACAUUUGCCAAUAUCAGCAAAGAUGAUUCUGAUUUAAUCUAUUCGACAUAUGGGGAAGACUCUGACCUUCCAAACAAUUUCAGCAUUUCUGAGUUUUUGGCCACAUGCCAAGAUUACCCGUAUGUUAUGGCAGAUAGUUUACUGGAUGUUCUAACAAAAGGAGGACACUCCAGGAGUCUACAGGACUUGGAUGUGUCAUCACCUGAGGAUGAAGGCGAGCAGACCAGAGCCCUGGACACAGCAAGAGAAGCAGAGACUGCACAGGUGGAGCCGGCAGGGCGUUUGGGGUCCAGCAGUCAGGACAGGCUCACAGCACUGCAAGCAGUGACAAGCUUCGGAGCUCCAGCUGAAGUCUUUGACUCGGAAGAGGCUGAAGUGUUCCAGAGGAAGCUUGAUGAGACUACAAGAUUGCUCAGGGAACUCCAGGAGGCACAGAAUGAGCGGCUGAGCACCAGGCCUCCUCCCAAUAUGAUCUGCCUCUUGGGUCCUUCUUACAGAGAAAUGUACCUUGCUGAACAAGUGACCAAUAACCUUAAAGAGCUCACACAGCAGGUGACCCCAGGGGAUGUUGUGAGUGUCCGCGGAGUCCGCAAAGCAAUGGGGAUCUCUGUCCCUCCCCCCACCGUGGGAAACAGCUUCAUAGAUUUGACAGAAGAGUGUGAAGAACCUAAGGAUACUCGUGCUGCUGAGUGUGGGCCUGACGGGAGCUGAAGUUGCCUGGCGUGAACUGCAUCCGUGGACUUGGCAGGAACCUUCCAAGUGGGAAGCCCUGACCACUGCUAGAUUCCUUUGUGCAAACUAGAACCAGCCCCUCUUCCCUGGGCUCCAUAGGACACAGUGCUGGCAGAUAGGUCCUGUCUCCUCCCAUCUGCAUCCCUGACUACACAUCCUUGGACAAAGUCCCAGGUAAACCUCUUGGUCAGGCACCCUGGCUACACCACUUAUAUCUUUGCAGACUCCUGUGUGCAUGAUUUUCUGUACUGUAUGUAGUAGGCUCUUGGCGACUUCUAAGAAUACCAUGAUGUAGUGAAGUUCUGUGGCAGUAAAGUCACUUCCAAAAAGGAGUGGGAUGUUUGGUCAUCUCUCAGUUUGAAUGGUCUGGAGCUAAAGCACAGUAAGAGACCAUCACAUAAAGAUGGCUUUUGCCUUGACUCGUUUGAGUGAGAAUAACUUGGCAUUUGUUGAGGGGCUCAACUCACAGGCCAGGGACCUCAACAUAUGUUCCUACCAAGUAGAUUGUAGUUGCAGCUCUGCCAUCAGCUCAAAAGAUUGGAGAAAGGGCAAGAGGUACAUAGAUUAUCCAAGACCUCUAUACCAUGGAAAAAAAGCUGGCCAUGGUAGUGCACAUCUGUAUUCGAAG